UUCACAGAUUUUAAUAAAACAACUUAUUACUCUUGCCUUGCUAUGGCCAAAGAUGUGAAGCCACAGGACAAACAUCUGAUUGACUAUCUUGUAAUUGUUGGAGCAAAGCAUCCAAGUGGAACAGCAUUGCAAUCCCCUACAUUGCUGAAUAGGUUUCCGAAAGAAGACCGACCUUCCUUUGCACUCCCUCCAGAUGUCGUCUACUUCUGCCAACCUGAAGGCUGCACAAAUGUUUGCAGAAGGUCCAGUCAGAGCCUCCAUGAAGACACAACAUCAUUUGUUUUUACAUUGACCGAUAAAGACAGUGGAUUUAUUCGAUAUGGAGUUUGUGUCAAUUUUUAUCGCCCAUUUGAACGUAAAGAUUUGGAUAAAUUGAGAAAAAAAGGAUGGAAGAAAAGACAAAAGGCAAGAGAGGAGUUUUCAUAUGACCAAGAGUUUUCAGAUGAUGAUGAAUCCAAGUUUGAUGGGGGUUUCGAUACUCCGACAACCAUUGCUGAGGCGGUUGAUGGUGCUGAUCUCAGUCCUGGUAGGAAUCUUUCAGGAAAUAAUCUCAGCGAUGAAAAUUCUCCUGCUUCAACGAAAGCACAAAGCCCUCGACGUCGAGGUCAACGAACGAUACGGACUCAUACUCUCACUUCACUGUGCAUAAUAAGUCGGCAACCUUUCAUAUCAGGCUUCAGAAGAUGUUUACUAACAUUGAAACGAAUAAUCGAAGCUUGCUAUCAUCGCAUAAAAAGUAAAAACAGAAGAAAAUCAAAGCCAAUACCAACAGGUUUUAUUUGGGCCGUACUCAGUGGUUGCGCUACAAUCGCAUCAACAUCGUUAUCAGGCGUCAUCUUGAAGGAAGUUCAGGAAAUCGAAGAAUGGACUCGGAAGUUACUUGAUGCACCAGUUCCUGCUCCCGGGAAAACAAAACUCAUUUUGGAAUUGCUGCCUCCAGAUAUGCAGGUCCCACUGACAUUUGCUUUGCCUGAUGAAUCAAGGUUAUCACUGCUGGAUUUCCCGUUCCAUCUUCCAUUAGAAUUGCUUGGAAUUGAUUUGUGCUUGAAAGUUCUCACUGCCAUAGUGCUGGAACAAAAGAUUGUUCUCCGAUCUCGUGACUACAAUGCAUUUGUCAUGUCAAUCCUGGCACUAACAAGCAUGCCUGUAUCCUCUGCAAUACAUUUUCCUGUCAUUCCCCUCCUCCUCUGCCUCCCAGGAUCAGAGCAACUCCUGCUGGCUCCAACACCGUAUAUUAUAGGGGUUCCGACACCAUUCUUUGAUGGCGCUCAGUUCAGUCUGCCAAAUGAUGUGUGGCUUGUUGACUUAGAUUCAAACAAGAUGACGAAACCUUCAGCUUGUAAACCUUUACCAAAACUACCUGAACCCGAAGGAACAACUUUGCGGACUCAUUUGAAACAGGCGCUGGCUAGUAUGAGUCUGAAUCCGCCAGUUCAAAACUUUGAGCAGUCUGAUGUUUCCACUUGGUUGAAAUCGCAGGACUCAAAAUCAACUGCAAGUACUAAAUUCAACCCACUUAUUUAUGGAAAUGAUGUCGACUCAGUGGAUGUUGCUACCAGGGUUGCUCUCGUCCGAUUCCUUCUCUCCCCGAAUGUGAUGAUGAAUUUGUCCGAUCACACCAGAACGUUACGACUCUACCCAAGACCUGUCGUUGCAUUCCAGGCUAAAAGUUUUGUUCAGUCUCGACCAAAACCAUCAGAAUUCAUCCGUGAACUUGCUACAACACAGGCUGUUGAAUACUUCGGUGAAUGGGCUCUUGCUCCAACGAAUCUUGCCUUUCUACGGAUCUGCAAUAAUAUUUUCGAUCCUCUGGCAAUUGGUGACAAAGCUAAAUGGUUUUCUGGCCAACUUAAUGAAAUCAAACAUUCGACUGUCGACAGCAACAAUGUGUUUGUAUCAACACUUGCUAACGUAGAUGAGAUUGCCUGUGCUGAACAGGACUCUGACUGUCCAACAGAUGAAAGUGUGCCGUGGAAACAGAUGAUGUCACAGUGGCAGAUCAGAUGCAAUCCAUUACUGAAGGAUUUCACAAAACUGAAUGGUAAUGUGCCAUAUAUUGAAGAACGUAAUUCAUCAAAUGAAGGGGGAGAAGAAAGCGAACAGAUACACAGAGUACAAGAUCAGUUAGAUGCAUCAAGUGCACGGACAGCCAGCAGUGACUCGAACACUUCGACAGCAAGUUCAAACAGUGAUGGGACUAUUGCUGAAAUACUGAAAGCUGCGGCGACAGUACGACAACAACGUAAUGGGCAUACAGAUGCGGGAUCUACUGCCAUGACAAUAUCUCAGGAUAGAAAAACUCCUUUUCCAAGUGUCAAAGGUCCACGACGAACAUUAAUUGACCAUCGAUCUGUUAUUCGCCAUGGUUCAGCUCUUGUAGUCACUCCUCCUCAGAAAUCCGCAAAUCAGUCAGGUUCUGGGAUGAAUACGACGGAAAACCAACAAUUCUUGAAGGAAGUUUCUCAAAAUGUCUUGCAAAGCAAAGGAGCCGGUUGGUUUAAUUUGAAGAAAGUAGCCAGGUUGAUGGAAUAUGAAGAACUGAGAAUGUUUCUGCUGCAACAGUUGAACCAAUCUACUCAAGAUGAGGGAAAUCAGGAAUAUGUCGAGGAUAUUGAAGUGAAUUACAAAGUUUAUCGUGGAUUGUCGGAGUUACUGAAAUGUGUUGUAGCGGGAUUGGAACAUUCAUAUAGAAGUCUGCAUGGUUUGGGUGGGUUGGCUUCUGCCCUGCAGCUGCUGGAAAUCACUCAUACACAUUACUACUGUAAAGAAAUCAAAUCAACUCAUGCCGGAAAUACAUCUUCCGAUCAAGACGCAGCCAGUGUUCAUUCAUUUGAUGCUGAAGGUUCAACCGGAGUCAUGAACUUUGACACCAAGUCAAUUGCAGACGAGAUUGCAAGCAUUGUUCACAAUAUUGGAAAUCUUGCAUCAUCGAAGAGUGACUCAUCAAAUUCACAGAAAGACAAUGCAAGUGUGAGGAGUGUCCAAGCCGUCAUUGCACAGGAUAAAUCUGAUACUGGAAGUGUUGCUAGCGAUGCAAGUGCGGCCUCAUCGACAGAGGUUCGAUUCAGAAACGGGAAAUUUAUUCGGAUUGAGUCAGACAUCGGUGACGAUGAGCAGAGAGUUUAUUUGAGUCAAGCAUUGCUCGGUCACAGUAAAAACUCUAUCUUUACUCAGCUGGAAGAUCAAGCUCUGGAAGCCACAUUUCACCUGAGUAAAGAUCGGACAAGUUUAUGGGACGACAUGGCAUUCUGGGAGCAGAUGUUCCUUGAUGCUGUGGCUCUUGAGAGGGAUGCUGUGGGAAUGGAUCAAGGGCCUAUGGAUAUGAUGGAGAGAUAUCGAUCCCUGGCAGUUCAUGAGAAAAGAAGGUUGGAAGAGGAAGAAGACCGCUUGCUAUCGACAAUGCUGUAUAAUAUGGUGGCUUGUAUGAUCAUGAUGAAAGUUCUCAAGCCGGAGAUAAAGAAAAAAAUACGUAGACUCCUCGGCAAAUCCCACGUCGGGCUUGUACAGAGUGCUGAAAUAAAUAUACUGCUGGAUCAGAUAUCCAGUUUGAGUGAUGUAUAUGUGGAUUUGAAACCUUGUGGAAGCCGCCACAUCCGGAAACAGUCAUUUGUUGUGCAUUCCGGAACAGAUACUGGAGGGGAUGUUUUAUUCAUGGAAGUAUGUGACAAUGCAAUCAUUCUGCGCACAGGGUUCGGAACAAUUUGUCAACGUUGGUGGUACGAGAAACUCAUCAAUAUGACAUUCUGCCCCAAAACAAAGGUUUUAUGUCUCUGGAGAAGAAACGGGCAGGAAACCCAACUUAACAAGUUUUACACAAAAAAGUGUCGGGAACUCUACCAUUGUGUUAAGGAAGCAAUGGAGAAGGCUGCCGCAAGACAUAAUGAACCAGAAUUAGGAGGAGAAUUUCCUGUUCAGGAUAUGAAGACUGGAGAAUGUGGAUUGCUUCAAGUCACUUUAGAUGGAAUAAAUUUAAAGCUUAGUUCUAGUCAGGAUGAGACUAGGCAGGUUUUCCUCGAUCUAAAAACAAUCAGAAAAUGCAACACAGUUAAAGGAGUUUUCAUACUCGAGCAAUACAAACGUGAUACAGACGAAGUUACUCUUCAUAAAUUCAAGUCACCUUUAGCAAGUGAGAUAUGCUAUGCUGUGUUAUGCCUAUUCAGUUACGUAGCAGCUGGACGAAGUGCUCAAUCAUUGCGGGAGUAACUCGAGACACAAUAUUACUCUCGUCAUCAGCAAGUUUAUCUCUGUAUUAUGAGAUUCAUAUGACAUAGAAGCGAUGUUAUUUAUUGAUGUUGAUUGGACAAUAACAUUUUAGGGCCGUUGUGGGCAAGUUCAGGCUAUGACUGAUUUAGUUUAUUUUUAUGUACGUACAUUUUUAGUUUUGUAGAUGUCUUUACCUUGUUUCAUAUUUAUAUAAAAGAUGUAUUUUUAUUUUACUUAUGUUUAUUUUAAGAUUUGUGCAAAUUUAUAAACUGUUAAUUUUGAAUACGACAAGCGGUAAUGGUUUUGUCACCUGGUCAUAAAUCCAGUAAUGCUGGGUGAUCGAGAUUUGCAGUUCAUUUAAUAAUUUUGUUGGAACAGUCUUUCACACAUUGAAUAGACUGAAUAUUUUACGAUUUGUAUCGAUGUUUAACUCAUUUGUAACGUUGUCGCUCAUCUCAUAGUCACUGUACUUGAGGUUGUUAUUUAAGAAAGGGUAGAACAAUUUUUGCACAAUAAUGUUAAGUGUCUGUUGUUAUUAUAUUAUAGGUUUUACACAAUUUAGUUCACUGAAAUAUAACAAAAGUUCAGAUUAAAUUCUUUGCACUUGAGAAUUUUUGAUUCUCAAAUUUCAUAAUUUUGACCUCAAUUUUAUUAAUGACCAAAUAAUUCAUUUCACACAGGAACAUAAUUGUUCAUUGUUUCGAAUAUUGUACAAUGUACAUAACACCUAUUCCAUUCAUAUGCGUGAAUACAUCAAAAAAUCAACUGAGAACGAAAAUUUUCGAAAAUUCUACAUCCGUCUUGUGCAAUUGGUGUCGGUGUUGGUAAUUUAGUUUUCAUUUCAUCUAUCUUGACCAAAAAAUGUGCGUUUUUAAAAUUCAUUAAAUUUCGGGAUGUUGCAAUGAAUUCCCUGCUCUCAGCAAUAACUCUAUAUCAUUUUGUGACUUGCUAUCUCAGACAUCUGAAAUUAAAUAUUUGAAAAUGACA